AUGACACUGAAUUUUCUCCUCUUCUUCUCCUUCCUCACUCUCCUCCGUGUCUCCGCCGGUUUCUCAUCACCGGAGCCAAAUUACUUCAACUCCUUACUUCCCUCCGACGCCGUUGCUUUGCUCUCUUUUAAAUCCACCGCUGACCUCGACAACAAGCUCUUGUAUUCCCUCACAGAGCGUUACGACUACUGCCAAUGGCGCGGCGUCAAAUGCGCACAAGGCCGUAUCGUACGGCUUGUUCUCUCCGGCGUUGGCCUCCGUGGCUACUUCUCUUCCGCGACUCUUAGCCGACUCGACCAGCUCCGAGUUCUGAGUCUCGAGAAUAACUCGCUCUUCGGCCCGAUUCCUGACCUCUCCGCUCUCGUUAACCUAAAAUCCCUUUUCCUUAGCCGAAAUGAGUUCUCCGGAGCUUUCCCUCCUUCGAUUCUCUCUCUCCACCGGUUAAUGGUUCUCUCCCUCUCCCACAACAAUUUCACCGGUCCGAUUCCGCCGGAGAUCAACUCUCUCGACCGGUUAACUUCCUUGAAUCUCGAGCUUAACCGCUUCAACGGCACUCUCCCGUCGAUGAAUCAAUCGUUUCUGAGUUCCUUCAACAUUUCCGGUAACAAUCUAACCGGAUUUAUCCCCGCUACACCGACUCUAUCCCGAUUCGGCGCGUCGUCGUUUAGCUCCAACCCCGGGCUCUGCGGAGAGAUCAUCAAUCGAGCUUGCGCUUCACGCUCGCCGUUCUUCGGAUCGACUAAUAAGACGUCUUCGUCGUCGCAAGCUCCGUUGGGUCAAAGCGCUCAGGCGCAGAACGGUGGAGCGGUGGUUAUCUCGCCGGUUGUUUCGCGGAAGAAAGGUAAAGCGACUGGGUUAGUCCUGGGCUUCACCGUCGGUCUCGCGUCGCUCAUUGUCCUCGGUCUUUGCCUCGUUGUCUUCUCUCUGGUGAUGAAGAAACGCAACGACGAUGGGAUUUACGAGCCAAGUCAAAAAGGAGAAGCUGCGUCGUCCUUCUCGCAACAGCAACACCAAAAUCAAACUCCGAGAACAAGAACCGUUCCGAUUUUGAAUUCGAAUUCGAGUUCAGAUCCAAAUGUGAAAGAGGUUAAGCUUCAAUCGGAGCAGCUACAAAGCCGAAUUCCAAACAGCGGGAGUCUCGUUUUCUGCGACGGCGACGGAGGGGAGUCGACUAGUCAAGGGAUGUACACAUUGGAGCAGCUGAUGCGAGCUUCGGCGGAGCUAUUGGGGAGAGGAUCGGUGGGGAUUACGUACAAGGCGGUGCUUGAUAACCAGCUUAUAGUGACGGUGAAGAGACUAGACGCGGCCAAAACGGCGGUUACAAGCGAAGAAGCGUUCGAGAAUCACAUGGGGAUUGUUGGUGGACUCAGACACCUUAAUCUCGUUCCGAUUAGAGCUUAUUUUCAAUCCAACGGUGAGAGACUCAUCAUCUACGAUUAUCAACCCAAUGGAAGCCUGUUCAAUCUCAUUCACGGUUCAAGAUCGUCAAGAGCAAAGCCAUUACACUGGACAUCAUGUUUAAAGAUUGCAGAAGAUGUAGCUCAAGGUUUAUACUACAUCCAUCAAUCAUCAUCAGCAUUAGUCCAUGGAAACGUGAAAUCAACGAACAUUCUCCUCGGACAAGACUUCGAAGCCUGUUUAACAGAUUAUUGCCUCAGUAUCCUAACAGACCCAUCUUCUUCUUCUUCUUCUUCUUCUGCAUCAACUGAUGAUCAAGACUCAUCCUCCUACAAAGCUCCUGAGAUCAGAAAAUCAUCCCGCAGACCAACUUCCAAAUGUGAUGUUUACUCGUUUGGUGUCUUGAUCUUCGAGCUUUUGACUGGUAAGAACGCGUCAAGGCAUCCGUUUAUGGCGCCUCAUGAUAUGCUUGAUUGGGUUAGAGCCAUGAGGGAAGAAGAAGAAGGAGCAGAGGAUAAUAGGCUUGGGAUGCUGACUGAAACAGCUUGUCUUUGCCGUGUCACUUCGCCGGAGCAAAGACCGACGAUGAGACAAGUUAUUAAGAUGAUUCAGGAGAUUAAGGAGAGUGUUAUGGCUGAAGAGAAUGAUCCCUUCCGGUGA